CUGGCAAUGCCAAUAGUUCUGCGGAGUGUAAUGUGCAUCAAUGGGUUUGCUUAUAUAACUGGUGCAACUCAUGCGAAUGAUAAUUUGGAUUUAUAUAUCGUAGACAACGUUAUUAAAAACAAAUUCUUGAAAUUCAUUUUACAAUCGUUACUAAUACUAUCUCCUUGUUUUCUUUUUCCUUUCAACUAAUUGUUGAAAUUAUGGUCUCUGAUCCCAAUAAUAGUUGAUAUCCAACAACAUUGGCCCCAAAAUUAAAGAAAGACAUCGAGCAACAUUCAUGGUCAAGGUUGGUUACAUGGGUCGAAACCUAAAACAACAAAAAAAACCCAUUCAUGGUUAAGGUAGCAUUGAGCCAAGGCUUUGUGGACUUUUUCUGUUUUGACUUUGAGCUACGUGGUAGGCGGUAAAGCCUUCAAGUGGAAAAGGAAAAAAAAAAAUGUUGAAGUCCACAAGGUAUCCGUAACCCUCUCUCCUCCCAAGUGGUGGGCAGCUUUCACACAUUUAUGGACGUUUGCAGAGAUGGCUGGAACCAAGAAAAAGUUUGUGGAAAUUGAUAUAAUUGCAGACACUGUGUGUCCAUGGUGCUUUGUGGGCAAAAGAAACCUUGACAAAGCUCUGGAGGAAGGUAAUGAUCGAUACGAGUUUGAGCUCAGAUGGCAUCCAUUUCAAAUUGAUCCUGAAAUCCCUAAAGAAGGCACUUACAAGAAAGAGUUUUAUGAUACAAAGAUGGGCGCUGAUGUGGCUGAAGUGUUUGAGACCCGUAUGGCAGAUAUCUUUUCAAACCAUGACAUGACUUAUAAGAUCGAUGGACUCACGGGAAAUACUAUUGAGAGUCACAGGCUUAUAUAUUUUGCUGGGCUGCAGGAUCGUGAUAAGCAACAUGAUCUUGUGGAUGAGAUCUGUCUUGGAUAUUUCACAGAUGGGAGAUUCAUUGGGGACAGGGAUUAUCUUCUGAAAUGUGCUGAAAAGAUUGAAAUAGAAGGGGCAGCAGAGUUUCUUGAUGACCCCAACAAUGGGCUCACUGAGGUCAAGGAAGAGCUUAAGAAGUACUCAGAAGUAAAAGGAAUCCCAUACUUUGUGAUCAAUGGAAAGGAAGAAUUUGCUGGUGCCCAACCAACUGAGGUCUUCCUAGCUGCUUUUGAAGCAGCUACAAAAUGAUACUUCACAUCAGCAUUCACUCUCUAGCUCCAAUAAGAAUGCAAACCUUGGAAAUAUGUUUUAAAUGCUGAGUAAUUUCCUUUUGUUAAACAAUUUUGUAUGUUGUGUUAUUAGAGCGUAAUCGGAAUCAUUGAUUAAGUGAGAUCAUAUUUGAAUAUGCGAUCUUGAUUCACGGUCUA